UCUGCGAAGUGCGAACUCCCAACUCCCUCCCGAGCCCCGACCACCCGGCGGCGCCGUCGCCGCCACCAACCUCUCGCCGCCUCCUGCGGCCGGGCGCUUGCCCCAUAACAAGGCGCCGGCCUUGCUCGUCGCGAACUCGGCAAGUUGGUCUGGACAGCGAGCGAGCUGUAUGGGAGUCGAAGCGAGCCCGGAACCGGAAGAUAGUCUCGCGGCGAGGAGGAGGCGGAGGGGGAGCAAUGACCUGGGCGCGGACGCGGCUGUCCACGCGGCUCAUGAACGUCUGCCUCGCGGCGCUCUGCCGCGGCGGCGGCCUCGCCCGGGCGGAGUCCGUCCUCGUCGACGCCAUCCGCCUCGGCAUGCCCCCCGACGUCGUCACCUACAACACCCUCCUCGCCGCGCACUGCCGCGCCUCGGGCCUCGACGCGGGGUUUUCCGUCCUGCGCCGGAUGCGGGAGGCCGGGGUGAGCCCCGACGCCGUCACCUACAACUCCCUCAUCGCCGGCGCCGCGCGGAGGGGGCUCACGAUGCGCGCCCUCGACCUGUUCGACGAAAUGCUCCAGGCGGGGGUCGCCCCCGACGCCUGGAGCUACAACGCGCUCAUGCACUGCUUGUUCCGGUCUGGCCACCCGGAGGAUGCCUACCGGGUGUUUGCCGAUAUGGCCGAGAAAGGCGUCGCGCCGUGCGCCACCACCUACAACACACUCCUGGACGGGCUCUUCAGGUUCGGUCACGCGAUCAACGCGUACAGGAUGUUCAGGUAUCUGCAGAGGACGGGGCUCCCGGUGGGCAUUGUGACUUACAACACGAUGAUCAAUGGGCUGUGCAAGUCAGGCAAGGUGGGGUACGCCCGCAUGGUCCUCAGGGAGCUUGGGAGGACCAAGCAUGCCCCGAACGUCGUCACUUACACGACGGUCAUGAAGUGCUGCUUUAAGUACGGCAGGUUUGAUCAGGGGCUGGAGACCUUCUUGUCAUUGCUGGACGGAGGGUACAUUCCAGAUCUCUUCCCAUACUGCACGGUGAUUAGUGCGUUAGUCAAGAAGGGACGGAUGGAAGAAGCCAAUACCUACAGUGAGCUAAUGAUACGGAGUGGGUUCAGGCUUGACAGUGCAUGCUAUAAUACGCUGAUUUACCUGCGAUGCCAGGAAGGGAAGCUGGAUGACGCGUUUGAGCUGCUGAGUAUGAUGGAAGAGGGUGGUCUGGAGAGUGAUGAGUACACAUUCUCAAUUUUGGUCAAUGGUUUGUGCAAGAUGGGACAUUUCGAGGCUGCACAUAAGCAGUUAUGUUACAUGGAGAUAAGGGACAUGGAUUCAAAUAUUGUUGCUUACAAUUGCUUGGUGGACGCACUCUGCAAAUCUGAUGAGGUGGAUGCAGCCAUCAAAUUACUUCACAACAUGAAGCUGAAGGAUGAUUUUACUUACACAUCACUAGUCCAUGGUCUAUGUAAGGUGGGUAGGUAUCAUAUGGCAUCCAAAUUCUUGCGGAUCUGCUUGCGUGAAGGGAACAGUGUUCUUGCAUCUGCAAAGCGUGCUGUCAUUGCUGGCCUUCGUAGUGCAGGGUUUCAGAAUGACGUGAGGAAAGUUCGGGCAGCGUUACGUAUGGCUAGGCUGUUAAACCAUAAUCCAAGUCCAAGGAAAACAGUCUUCAACUUCACUGGGUGGUCCUGCAGAAUCGAGAAGAUCAAUUGAGCAGACAAAUUGAAAUUACGUAUGGCUAGGCUGUUAAAACUAUAAUCCAAGUCCAAGGAAAACAGUCUUCAACUUCACUGGGUGGUCCUGCAGAAUCAAGAAGAUCAAUUGAGCAGACAAAUUGAAAUUUGGAGAUGAUCCUGCAUCGAGAUGAAUGUCAAACAUCCAGUUCUUGUGGCAUAAACUGGAGGAAGGAAAGUAGGAUCAUGGUAUUGUUGACGGGUGUUACUAAUCUUAUACAUCAGCUCUUGGAGAUACCAUAUUGUCUGCCAAUGUUGCAGUAUGUAAUCAGCCACCCUUAGAGCCAAGCAUCAUUUGAAAUUAUACAGCAGGAGAAGAUGCAACAUGUGAUCACUAGCUGGCAAGUGGUCAUGAUGCCAGCGCAGUAUACACAGGAAGUGAUCUUUGCCUGGUCCACGCAUCACCUUGGAUGUGAAUAUUAUUUGGAUGGCGCUGAUUAAAUCCAAGUGAUUAUUAGCAUUCCAAAGUUUCAAUAGAGGUGAUCGGUGUGAUGAUUUGAUCAGGAUCCUUUUGCUCCAGACAUGAUGCGCACACUGCAGUAUAAGAUCACAAAAUGCAAAUAUUGGUACUUAGUACACAACAGUCCAUUUGUUCAUCAUUUUUGCUUUGUUUAAUUCUUGUGAAGCGGCAGAAAAAUAAUAUUUUUUGGGGAAACAUCAUGUAACAGCAUUAACCUGUUUGAGGAAAAUAUGUAUGCCAAUGAAAGAAACAUUAACAACAUAAUCGUGUUUCUGCUA